CCCGCCCGCCGGAAAACUGAGGACAUGAAUAGUCGCCAGGCUUGGCGGCUCCUGCUCUCCCAAGGCAGAGGGGAUCGUUGGGUUUCAAGCCCCCGCGGGCAUUUCUCGCGGGCCCUGCGGAGAGGUGAGGCAAGGUGUCGUGUCAUAGAUGUCUGAGUGCUCUCUAAGGAGACGAUGCCCGUGGGUGGCGCUUGCUGGAGCGAACGCGCCUGCUCGAGCGAACUGGAAGAGAAGGUGCCACGCCUUCCUCCCCGAUUCACGCCUUGUGCUGGCGACACAGCUGCCUGCUGCCCCGACUUGCCCAGCUCGCCCCAAGGGGCGAGGACUGAGGAAAUCAGUGCCUUUCUGUUCUUAAAGCGAACCUUUGAAGGCCAGGGCUUCGCGCCCAGCUUCUUUCUCAGCCCUUGUUUCCCUUUUUUGGUGACAAGAGGCUAGUAAUCUGGUAGGUUUGUCUGGAGGCAGCGUAAGGUAGUCUGUGCUUGACGGUGUCCUGAUUUCUUUUGUGGCCUGAUCUUUAGAUAUUGUUUUUUUAGGUGCUGGCCUCGAGCCCAGGUUUUUGGUAGACAGCAUCAUAAAUUUCAGGUCACGUCUGCCUUAUUCUCGCUGGAAUUCUCAGUACUUUUCAGUCACAUUGUAGACUUUGGAAAAAAAAGUGAAUACUGGAACCUACAAGUUUCCAACCGGUUGGCACCCUGUUAACAGGGUGUCCUGAAGACAUCUAACUUUAUUCCGAGAAAUGUUUCUAGGGCUAGGUUUUUCUUGUCGUUUUUUACCCCCCGUUUUUAAACUUCCCUCCUAGUUUUUAAACCGUUUUAAGGUUGUCCACAAAAUAGGCGAAUAGGCACCUCUUAUCAACCUUAGCAUUCUCUGUUCACCUUCUUGAAUCUUCAGUGCCAGAUUUCUUCACCACCACAUCCAAGGAGGGAUAUGAUAGGCGGCCAGUGGAUAUAACUCCUUUAGAACAAAGGAAAUUAACUUUUGAUACCCAUGCAUUGGUUCAGGACUUGGAAACUCAUGGAUUUGACAAAACACAAGCAGAAACAAUUGUAUCAGCAUUAACUACUUUAUCAAAUGUCAGCCUGGAUACUAUCUAUAAAGAGAUGGUCACUCAAGCUCAACAGGAAAUAACAGUACAACAGCUAAUGGCUCAUUUGGAUUCUAUCAGGAAAGACAUGGUCAUCCUAGAGAAAAGUGAAUUCGCAAAUCUGAGAGCAGAGAAUGAGAAAAUGAAAAUUGAAUUAGACCAAGUUAAGCAACAACUAAUGCAUGAAACCAGUCGAAUCAGAGCAGAUAAUAAACUGGAUAUCAACCUAGAAAGGAGCAGAGUAACAGAUAUGUUUACAGAUCAAGAAAAGCAACUUAUGGAAACAACUACAGAAUUUACAAAAAAGGACACUCAAACCAAAAGUAUUAUUUCAGAGACCAGUAAUAAAAUUGACGCUGAAAUUGCUUCCUUGAAAACACUGAUGGAGUCUAACAAACUUGAGACAAUUCGUUAUCUUGCAGCUUCGGUGUUUACUUGCCUGGCAAUAGCAUUGGGAUUUUAUAGAUUCUGGAAGUAGUAGUAAUGCUCAUACUGCCAUGGCUGUUGGCUUCUUAGAACACCAAACCAGGAGAGAUUUACUUUGAACAUUGUCAGUUGCAGCAAAAAUUUACUACACAAGAUUAUUCAAAGUAUAUAUGGACUAAAAGAAGAAUAUUUUAGAAAGAGAUAGUUUGUCUUUAUUGUGUGUGUCUUUAGAAUAUUGAAAAGCUGUCAUUCAGACCUGGUUUGAGAUAGAAGAGCAUUUCGUCCUUUUUGAUAGUUCAUAGACAUCGAACCAGAGGUUCCUUGUGUUUGCUUGAACAAUUGUGUAAAUCAUACAGGAUUUUUGUUGGUAUUGGUUGAAUAUUUGAAAACUAUUCCCUAGCCUACAUAUUUAUUACUGAAUUAACUUUCCUGAUAACCAUUGCAUAAUUACAUUUUUUCUAUAAAAUAAAAGAUUAUUACAACAAA